UAUGUCAACUCCUCAAACAAAAUCAAAAUUGGUUCAAACUUUUGGUAGAAAGAAGAAUGCUGUUGCUAGUGCAAGUGUAAGAGAAGGAAAGGGUACAUAAUACAUUUAAUCAAAGGUUUGGUUAGAGUGAAUGGUGCUCCAAUUGAAUUGGUGAACCCAGCUCCUUUGAGACAAAAGGCUCUUGAACCACUUUUGCUUCUUGGUUAAGUCAGAACAGGUAGAAUAGACAUUAGAGUCACUGUAAGAGGUGGUGGAAGUACUGCAUAAAUUUAUGCUAUCAGAUAGGUAGAAUGGCAAUAAUAUAUUGUAUAGGCAAUUAGCAAAGGUGUCGUGGCAUACUAUUAAAAAUAUGUAGAUGAAACCUAAAAGAGAGAAAUUAAAGAUCUUUUAUUGCAAUAUGAUAGAACUCUCUUAGUUGCUGAUCCAAGAAGAUGUGAACCAAGAAAGUUCGGUGGUAAGGGUGCCAGAGCCAGAAGACAAAAGAGUUAUAGAUGAA